CUUAACAUUCCUCCUAUUGUUGUCGGAUCCAAAAGUUUCUUUGUCGAGAUUUUGGUUGCGUAGAUGGCUUCUUCAUCAUCAUCAUCUCCGACGCCGGAUGCUGCAGUGAGCGCGAUGGAGGAGGAGCUGACUCUAAUAGUAAAAUGGAGCGGAAAGGAGUACACACUUCGAAUCUGCGCGGACGACUCAGUUGCUGAGCUGAAACGUCGCAUCUGCUUUCUCACCAACGUCUUGCCCAAGCGCCAGAAGCUUCUCUACCCCAAAGUCGGAAACAAGCUCUCCGACGACUCUCUUCUGCUCUCGCAGAUCCCUCUCAAGCCCUCUCUCAAGAUGACCAUGAUCGGUACUACGGAGGAUGAUAUAAUAGUAGAUCAAGUAACAUCGGAUGACGUUGUUGAUGACUUUGAGCUUGGGAAGGACGAAGUGGUGGAUAUUAAGGACAAAGAGCUUAAUAAGCAGAAGCUGAGGAGGAGAGUCGAUCAGUACAAGAUUAAGCUUGUUAAUCCAUGUCGCAAAGGCAAGAAACUGCUUGUUCUGGAUAUUGACUACACUUUGUUUGAUCACCGUUCAACUGCUGAGAACCCGUUGCAGCUUAUGCGUCCUUAUCUUCAUGAGUUUCUUACUGCUGCUUAUGCAGAAUAUGAUAUCAUCAUAUGGUCUGCCACUAGCAUGAAGUGGGUUGAGUUAAAGAUGGGAGAGCUUGGUGUGCUGAACAAUCCCAACUACAAGAUAACAGCCCUUCUCGACCAUCUAGCCAUGAUCACAGUUCAGUCAGACUCUCGUGGAAUCUUUGAUUGCAAGCCACUAGGCUUAAUUUGGGCACUUUUGCCUGAGUUCUACAACUCCCAAAACACUAUCAUGUUCGAUGAUCUGCGAAGGAACUUCGUGAUGAACCCUCAAAACGGUCUUAAAAUCAGGCCGUUCAGGAAAGCUCAUGUGAAUCGAGACAAGGAUGACGAGCUUGUAUUGCUGACUCGGUACCUUCUGGCAAUAUCAGAGCUUGAUGAUUUGAGUUCUUUGGAUCAUAGCAGAUGGGAGACAUUCUCAGAGGACAGUGUUAAAAGGCAAUGGAUUAAAGGAAGGCCUUAAGAGUAAACCAAAGACAUGAACGCAAAACAUGGCGACCCUCUGGUCCAUUAUUUGGUUUCUGGAAGACUAAACAUCAUCCAGACGAUCAACAUCAAUCUCUCUCUUUCUCUUUCUCUGCUGCUUUUACGUAAAAGCAGUGAAAUGGAGACUCCGUUGAUGGGUAUGGAGACUCCUCCUCGGAGCAGUGAAAUGGAUAGAGUCCAUCUCUGUCUUGAUAGCUCUGUCAAAGCCAAAGCACGAGCUCUCUCUGAUCUCGACUCUGCUCAGCACAAGGCCUCUGAUCUGAUGGCUAAACUAGAAACCACCAAACAAUCCAGAAAACGUGCCAUCCUGACCAAACACACGAUGAGCCAACGGUUAGAGAAACUCGAGUUUCAAAACCAAGAAACAGAGAGCGUAAGAGAGAGUUACAUUUUGGCCACCGCAGAGCUAUUCAUGGCUAAGGAGAAGCUUGCGGAAAUAGAACAAGAGUUCAGCAUCUCCGUGGAAGAAAGGUUAGCUGAGCUUCAAAGGGCAGAGGAAGCAGAGUGCUCAUCGGUGGUUAACUCCCAAAAGAUCAAUGGCAUGUUGGAAGAGAUAGCAGAGAUGCGUGACGCUGCUGAGAUGUUUAAAUCUGACGCUGAUAAGAAGAAAGAGGAAGAGGCAAAGAUAAAGGAGAAGAACAUUGAUGCGAGAGAGACUUACGCGGAGAUGAAACGAGAGGCUGAGAAGAGGCUGGACGAUCUGAGGCAAGACUGUGACCCUGAACUGAGGAAAGAUAUCGAUGAGCUUAAGGAGAUAUCUGCUGAAAACGAGAGUUUACAGCAAGAGAUCAAGAUUGCUCGUGAACUCAAAGAGGCCAAGAGUGGGAUGCAAGGUAUUUGUGAUGAAGAGAGGUCAUACAAAAGCUUGGUGGGAUCACUCACGGUGGAGUUAGACGGAGUGCAGAGAGAGAACAGAGAUCUGAAGGGUAAGGAGAGACAAGAAGUUGAAGAAGGAGAAUGGGUAGAAGAGAGUCUCAAGGUUGAAGAAACCAUGCGUGAAGCAGAGAGAACAAGACAAGAAGCGGAAGAGACGAGGCUGCACGUGGAUGAGCUAAGGAGAGAAGCAGCAGCAACACAUAGCGUGAUGGGUGAAGCAGUCAAGCAGCUGGAGGUAGUUAGAAGAGCGGUGGAGGAAGCGAAAACCGUAGAGACAGUACUUACUGAUAAGAAGGAGAGUUUGACGCAUGAUGAUCCUGAUAAGAAGAUCAGAAUAUCACAAAAAGAGCACGAGGAAUUGACAGGGAAGCACGAAGAGUCUGAGAGAAUGGUGCAGUACAAGGCGAAAACGGUUGAUGCUAAGCUGGACGAGAUCAAUGAGAGCAGAGUAGAAGGGGAGAGCUUGUUGGAGGAGAAGAUGAAGGAGAUGGAAGAGGUAAAGGAAGCGACUGAUACCGCGUUGAGAAGCGCAGAGAUUGCAGAGGAAGCACACUGCAUAGUAGAUGCUGAGCUUAGAAAAUGGAAACCAGAAGAAUUGUAG